AUGAGAUUGAAUAAUAUCGCCCGCUUUGCAGUUGCCAGCGGCAUUCUGGCACCGUGCGUCUCGGCUGCUCAGAUCACAAAGAGCUUGUCUAAGAAUGCGCAGUCCCUCUUUGACUGGUCGAUGCAAGUGAAUGACUUGCGUUGGGAUGAUUCAUACAAGUACAUUUGGUAUUCCGACAAUGGUCCUUGGUCAACUCGCUUCACAGCAUGGUAUGUUGCUGGUCUACUGUUCCGCAACAAAGGACAAGAUGUGUCCAACGCGAAGGCCGCCAUUGAAAACAUCUUGACAUGCCAGAUGACCGAGAGCUACGAGUCAGCCUGGUAUGGCACAUUCAAGCGUUCUCCUGAUGAGCCAUAUCCAACCCCAGACUCAGAGCUUUAUCCACCAGAAAUCUACGACACAUAUGACCCCAAUUGGAGAGAAUUCAUCGGAACGCAGCUUGUACAGAUCGUGGAAGAAUUCUCCGAUCUGCUUGGCGAAAGCCUCGUAGCACGCAUUGAGGACAGUUUGGAGAUUGCAGCCGUGGGCUCUAUGCGCCGUAAUGGCUCAUACCCCGAGGGCGAUAAUCUGACACCGGCAUAUUCUAAUCCAGCCCUCAUGCGUGCUUGGUGCGUAUCUUGGAUUGGGAAGCGUCGCAACAAUGAGACCUUCAUUAAGUACUCCAAUGACCAGGCAGACACGAUAUUGGAACUCUUCCAAUCCACUGGCUCUAAUGUGCUUUCUGAAUACAAUGCACCGACGUACUAUGGAAUGGACACAUGGGCUCUGGCUGGCGCCAUCAAAUACGCUCCCCAGGAUUCCGCAAUUGCGAGGAACGCGAAAGUCAUGUUGAAAGACCUCUGGGCAGACAUUGCAGCUCACUACAAUCCUUAUCUUUCGGUGAUGUCUGGGCCGUACGAUCGAGCCUACACGCGCGACAUGGUCACAAAUUCUGCAGUUGUCGAUUACUUCUGGUGGGGUCUAUUUGGCUACGGCACUGGACCAGUGCCGAACAAACUCGAGGCAGACUUACUAUACGAUGUCACACAAGGCUCGGCCUUAGCUCUUGUUGUCGAUGUAGUUGCAGCACAUAUCUCCAAGAACGACUCGGCUUGGCUCCAGUCUCAGGGGAACUGGAGCGGAGAACGCAUGAUUACCAAGAAAGUCCCCGAUACACUUGGUGCCGACUCUGAAGUCCGAGUGGUCACUUCGUGGAUCAGCUCAUCGCUCAUGAUCGGUGCCGAACAAGUGAACGAGACCAUCAACCGUGGCCAACAAUAUGUCCCGGCAAUUGUCCAGUGGGCCGGUGAUAAGGACCAUAAACCUCACCCUUAUAUGUCGUUCUUCUCCUUGUAUCCGACCGCAUCGACUAUUGAUGCGAUUGCAGGGCCUAACAGUCUCGAGAUCUCAUAUCCCAAUACCACGCAGGAUGGUACGAAUAUCUUCACCUUUGCACUGGCCCAGAUACCACCCAGUUGGACUUUGAUCAAGAAGAAGGUCGUGAAUGGUCUUGAAGAUUUGCCAUGUCUCGAUGUCACGGUUAGUGCUGAGGGCUUGGAGAAGCAGCCAGUCAUAUAUGGUGCUACGUUGGAGGAUAAUCGGAUCUACAAUAUCUCCUACGUUGUACCAUCUGGCUUUGUGGGCACGCCAAAGGUUUCGUUCAAGUUCAAGUAUACUUGCUAA